GAAGUGGCCUACGUUUUGGGUCAGAUGCAGAAGCCGUGUACUGUCGCCCAAUUGGCCGCCAAUUUGGCUGAUUUUGGCGAGAAUGAGAUGGUUAGACACGAGUGCGCCGAGGCGUUGGGCAAUAUUGCCACCAAUGAGGCACAGCUCGAGUUGAAUAAGUAUAUCGAGGAUGAGAAGCAAGUGGUCAGGGAGUCGGUUGAAGUGGCGCUAGAUAUGAGUGAUUAUAAUAAUGGCCCGGAGUUUCAGUUUAUGAAGAUUUUAUGA